AUGGUCUUAUGGUCUAUAUGGAAAAAUAGGAAUUCUCAGUUAUGGGAGGACAAAAAACAGAGGCCAAUUGAGGCAGCUAUGUUAAGCUUGGGUUGGUAUAACGAUUUCAAGAAAGCUAAUGGUAGUGAGGCUACUCAACAAAGACAAGUCAUGCAUUGGACUAAACCGGAGCAGGGGUGGUUCAAGUGCAACAGUGAUGGUGCUUACAUUGCAAGCUCUCGUAGAGGAGGUUGUGGUAUGGUUAUACGGGAUGAGAGAGGUGACUUCGUUGCGGCGGCGGUCAAACCUUGCUUGCAAUUGACGUUACCAUUCCAUGCGGAAUUGAUGGCCCUCCUUGAAGGUAUGAAGUUGGCAGAAACUUUGAAUUAUUGCAAAGUUAUCUUUGAGACAGAUUGUUUAUUACUAGUGCAUGCUUUGACUCAAAGUGCAGCUGAUUUAUCAAGCUUGGGUCUUAUACUUAAUGAGGUGAAGGAGAUUAUGAGUAGACACCCAGAGUUUAGGUUGAUUCAUGCUCAACGUGAAGCUAAUAGAGUUGCUCAUGUACUUGCAAAUCAUGCUCAAACUUCUUGUGAGAGUCAGAGUUGGUUUGUAUUUGCUCCCGAAAUGAUAAGGGAUGCCAUCUUAAACGAUUGUAAUCGUUAA